AAAAAAUAUAUAAUUUUUAUUUUAAAAAAUGUUUUUAAAAAAUAUUUGCUCAAUAAAAAAAUUUAUUAAUUAACAUAGAAUAAAGAAGCAAUGUAAAUCAAUCCAGAUAUUUGUGCUGAUUAUUUGUGUAUGAUUUAUUAAUUAUCUUUACAAACGUUUCAACUUCAAUAUUUGUCAAUUAUUUACGUGAAGUUUAGCUCCAAGUGACCCAUAAAUAUAAAAUAAGACACUUAACUUUUGCGCCUAGUUAUAUAUUAUUUAUCAGCAUAUGUUUCAGACUUUUAUUUUCUUCAUUGUUUAGGGAUCAUAUUCACUUACCUUUAUCGAUGAGAAGAAAUCAACCAAAUAAAACUGUAAUUUUGUUCUGAGCAUUUCAUGCCAUACAAAGGCUGAACAAUGUCUGUAAAACUAUAUAAGGUUACAAGUCCCACAUUACAAAUUUAUCUGUAUAAAUAUUCACAUUUUCUUACGCAAAAAAGUAACACACAUAUUUUUAACCACAAAGAUAAUUGAUGAUUAAAAACAUAAAAAUCGAAUAGCUGUUUCGCUGACAUUCAAGUGCGACAACGCAAAGCAUCCGUCACUAUCGCGUUACCAUAAGAUACUGUCAUAGUCAAUAUCGCGCGCAUGGGCAGUCGGAGGUGUCGGAAGGUUCUCGUGAUGGCACACCCCCGUAUGCAGAAUGCGCAUGUUUCACGCUACUUGGUCAAAAGGGAGGGAUGAUAUAAGAGGAAAGUAUUAAAUAUCAAGGGAAAAAUAUGCUACAACUAUCGAUAGUUACAAAAUACAUUCGAAAUAAACUUUAUAAACUGAGGAUAUAUAUGGAGAGAUAACAGGGACGCAUCCAAUGAUUUCUAAAAAUAUAAAAGAACUGGAAGAUCUGAAAGACUACGUUAAAGAUAAGCUUACAAUAAAAUCAAUUUCAAAAAGCUUAAAAAAGUAAUUAACAAUUUUAAACAUACAGUAAUAAAAGAGAAUAAUUCUGUCACUUAUUGAUUAAAUUUAUAUUUAUUAAUCUAUUUGUUGCAAUAAUAAAUCAAUUUACGUCGUAUAACAUUUAUCGAUGCGGCCCUACUGUCUAUUGUAGCAUGUUAGAUGUUUUAGUCUAUUUUUUUACUUUACUGAAGCUAUAGCAUCUGAAAAUUAAAGUUGUCACAAUAAUGUUAAUCGACGUUUGUAACAUUGAUGGUUCUUUACACUCUGUAGUACGAUCACAAAUUUGUCAACCCAUUGCGGAAAGAAUUGCCAUUUGUAGGAGUUGAAAACAUACUUCUCAACCGGACAUUGCAAGAUUAUUAGUUUCGACAUGGGCAUCAUUGAGCCUAACAAAAGUGUUCACCAUGCAAGUGUUUACAUUAAUUAUGAUUUUGAAUGGGCAACUCGAUUGAAUCGUUUCAUGCUAAACAUGAUUGGAAUUUGGCCAAGUGUUCACAAAAAUAAAUAUGAUAAAUUCUUAUCAAACUUACACGUGACAUUCAUCAUUAUCGUUCUCGUUUUUAUUGGUGCAAUUCCUGGAAUACAUUCAUUGGUGAGAACUUGGGGUAAUCUAAUGUUAAUGAUAGACAACCUACAAUUUACUCUACCAUUAACAAUGACAAUAAUAAAACUCAUUGAUCUAUGGUGGAAAAAAACAGAUCUUUUAACGGCUAUAAAUAUGAUUGCUGAGGACUGGGUAAAAAUUAAAACUGAUAAAGAACGAUGCAUUAUGAUAAAACAAGCACAAAAUGCCCGAAUACUCACAAUGUUCGGUUAUGCCUUUAUGUUUGGAGGAUGCAGUUUAAUUUUGAUUUUACCUUGCUUUGGAAAGUCUGUGAGAUAUAUAACGAAUAUCACUGAUCCAGUUAAAAUCUUACCUUUACAAACUUAUUAUAUUUAUAACAAAGAUCGAAGUCCAUAUUUCGAGUUCACAUUCGCUGCACAAGCUCUUGUGGUAUUAAUGUGUGUUCCAUCCUACAGCGGUGUGGAUAACUUGUUCGGAUUACUGAUGUUUCAUUUGUGCGGGCAAUUGGAGAUACUUAAAGAAAAACUGAUUAAUAUGAAACAAUUUAAAAGCUACAAAAGUGUGGCCCUCAUCGUAAAGGAGCACAUACGACUAAUCAAAUGUUUUUGUAUUAUCGAAAAUACAUAUACUUUACUAUUACUCGGACAACUAAUUUACUUCGGUACAUUGUUCUCUUUGUAUGGAUUUUUAAUUCUUGUCAUACUUGCAGAAGGAAAUAAAUUGUCACUAUUACGUUUUAUGUAUCUUAUAUCUAUUGUGAUAAAUGUUGGUGGACACAUGUGUCUUUUUUGCGCAGUGGGUGAAUUUUUGGUAGUAAAAUGCGAAACUUUAUACCAUGCAACUUACGAGAACGAAUGGUAUAAGUUGGAGCCAAAAAAAGCAAAGAUUUUACUUAUAAUAAUGAUUCGAACUAUCAAACCUCUUCAUAUUACGGCUGGAAAAAUAUUUCCUAUGACAAUGUCAACGUUUUGUAAAAUAAUAAAAACAUCUGCCGGGUAUGUUUCGAUUUUAUUGGCAAUGCAAACUUAAAAAAAUCAACUUUUAAAUUUAUAUUGAACCACAAAAAAGAGAUGUAAGAAGAAUAUCUUUAUCCUUGUGUAUGUGUAUUUAAUAUAAUAUUUAAUAUAAUAUUGUUGCGUCUGUUGGUCGAUCGGCUGUUUUGGCCGAUCAAUAUAUUGAUUUUUGAGAAGAGCGUUAUCAGUGUCGUGAGCUUGACAACGCAAAUCGCAGAUAAACAAUGAGUUAGCUCGGUCUUGCGCUGGGGCUGACGUUUUUGUAAAACGCUUAUAUUUAUAAUAAAUAAAGUCUUUUGAAUUACUUUAAGUAUAAUGUAUAUUUCUUAUUACGCCCGCGACCAAGCGCAACAAUAUUAUGUAAGGUACCUGUACCAAUAUGCCCCCCUAAGCUUUAGAAAUUUUUCUAAUCUUUUAUGAAUAAGAAAUUGAAAAAUAAGGGUCAGAUUUAAAAUAGAAAACAUUUCUAAAAUUAAAAAAAUAUGUAUGAAAUAUUUUCAAUUAUAUAUAUAAGUAUAAUAAAGAUUAUAAAAAAAGAUAGCACUUAGGCCAUGUUGUUUACGUAUAUACCCAAUGUGACCCAACUAUGUAUUUUUUCUUUGUCGUAAAUAUUUUUGAAAAAAUACGAAAUAACAAUCAAUAUUUAAUUAAGCAUUUAUUAACAUACUUAUGAAAAAAAUUACACAUACAGCUAUUCAUUAAAUAAUGAAACUGUGUUUAUUUACUACAAAAAGCGUUAUCUUAACUUUUACCUGUCAAAAAGCUUCAAUUAAUUAAACAAAAACUACAAACAAAAACAAGAAAUACAAAUUAAAAGUUAAACAUUAAAUAAAGAAACAGAAUUUUAACUUUCUUGUAUAUUAAUAAGAUAUAUUGUGUUUUUAGUAGAGUCCCUGUCCAUAAUGGUUUUACAAUACAAAGAGUUUUUUUUAUUUAAUUAUAAACAAGAUGUUUUAAUAAAAAUCUAAAAUAAAUACAGGAUUGAAAAGCAUAAAUAAAGAGCUAUGAUAAUAUGAAUUGUGGAUAUUUAUAAUUGUUACAUGAUUGUAACACAAAGCAAAAACUUACCUCUAAAAUUUUAGAUUCAGAAGAACACAAUUUGAAUAAAUUGUGAUCACAAACCAUAGAAAAAAAAUAUUGAACAAUUAACUAUCAUAAAUACAUCAUAUCGACUUCUUAAACGAUGUAUUAGCGUUAUUUAUGAAAUUCAUUGUGUAACUAUUGGAAAAUGGGAGGUGAGCCAAAUUGGGUACAUAACUAUAUUGGAUAUAGGUACCUUAUAUUGGGCAUAUAUAUAUAUAUGCCCAAUAUAAGGUACCUAUAUCCAAUACAUAUAUACACACACACGUAUAAGAGGGUCAACGUUGUGCUGAACUUCAUGCACGAUACUCAUCAUCAAUGCAUAAAAAGUACUAAUGCCUAUCAGGAAUGGAAAGUACAACGCCGGAAAAUACACAUAUUUAACUCGAAAUGUAAAAAAAAGGUAUGAUAUGAAAGGAGAAUAUUAAAAUUUUAAAACCUCUAAACGCGAAAACUUUUAUUACCAUGACUCUUGCGUGACAGUUGUCAUUUUGUAUGUAUCACGCAUUACCUCGUAAACAUCAGACGUAUAAAGACAUCAGGGACGGCGUAUUUUAAUUCACAGAACAAAAAAAAUAAAAGACUUUCAGAAAACUGUAUUUUAGACGAGAUUACAUAUAUUUGCUAUAAAUAUUUCUUAAUAAUUACAUUUAUAAAGAAAGUAAUAGUUAAAAAAGCUACAAUAUUGUUAUAUUCAAAAGAUAUCUUUUUGUUAUUAAGUAAUACAAUAAGAUUUACUUUUAUUUACGAUGCACUAUAUUUGUCGUACAAACACUUUAAUUCCCGUUGAUGAAUUUAUAUCCGUUCAAUCACCUUCUGAGGAAAUUAACAUUCGAAUAAUAACUAUCUAAAUGUAGAUAAGGUUUAUAGCUGCGGCCCUGUCACAGAUCGCUUCAAUGCAGUUGCGCGUUUCAUUCCCUUUCCGUUUUAAUUUUUAUGUGAGAUCGUUACACCUGACGAUUACAGCAAUCAUGCAUGUCGGCACUUGUAAUAUUUAUGAUUCUCUGUAUGUUAUAAAACGUCCACAGAAUUUACAUAUCUUAAAAAAGCGAAAUAACUAGCAGUAUCAACCAAGAUUCUAUGGGAUAUACUUUGCAUAAAGAAAAGUUUAAAACGUUAGCUCUUAGGUGACUUCAUACUUCCGAAUAUGUAUACCACCGAGUUAAUGAGAUACGCAGGUGCUAAUUAUGACUUUUGUUACAUUGAAUUAUAAAAUAUAUAAAACUCGUAGGAUAAAAACAUGUUGAAAGUAUUUCAAAUUGCCUGUAUAAGAUUAAAUAUAAAAUUCGUCUGUUUAGAUAGAUUUUGAAUGGGCAACGAAGCUGAAUCGUCUUACGCUAAAUAUAGUUGGCAUAUGGCCAAAUAUUGAUGAAGAUGCCUCUGACAGAUUUUUAUCAAACUUACGCGCAAUGUUUACACUGCUCCUAUUCGUUUUCGUUGGUAUGAUUCCCACUGUACAUUCAUUGAUAAGAACUUGGGGAGAUAAUAUGAUGACAACAAUAGACAACUUGCAAUUCACUUUACCAUUGAUAACAACAACAUUGAAACUGGUGAUCAUAUGGUGGAAGAAACCCGGUAAUGUCCUUCGGUAAAGUUCAAGCAAGUUAAUUAGUCACGUUAAUCCCAAAAA